UUCCAACACCCGCCCCGCCACCAACAACUCUUCCCCGUACUGAACAACCAAUUGACCAAGGAGAUGUAGAGUGCGGCACAAGGUUCCUCGGACACAGAAUAGUCGGGGGCACUAAUGCUAGACCAGGGGCUUGGCCGUGGCAAAUAACAAUGGACUACAAGGGACAUGCUGAGAAACCCCACUGGUGCGGAGGCUCAAUUUUGACGCCUCAGUGGGUUGUGUCAGCGGCUCACUGUUUCGCGUAUGGCGAUGAUCCUAACCAGUAUACUAUUGUUGCAGGGGAUCAUGACCUUAAUGGAAAAGAAGGAUAUGAACAAAACAUUCCAAUCGAAAAAGUCAUCAAGCAUCCAAGCUACGCUCCGCAUCAAAACGAAGACUACGACUUGGCUCUUAUUAAGCUCCAGUCUCCACUCACUUAUAAUACGCGCGUGCGGCCUGUGUGCCUGCCUAAGUUUGACUUUGGGGUGGGGACCAAAUGUUUCGUCACACGCUGGGGUCAUACAACAGAAGGAGGGGACAUCCCACAGAUACUGCAGCAAGCUCAAGUGCCGCUGAUCUCACGAGACACUUGCCAAUCUGCCUAUCAAGAUUUGGGGUACACUAUUUCACAGCGGAUGCGCUGUGCAGGGUACGCUAAAGGAGGGAUUGACGCAUGUCAAGGAGAUAGUGGCGGACCGCUUGUCUGUUCUAAGAAUAACAAGUGGUAUUUGGUUGGCGCAGUAAGUUGGGGAAUUGGCUGCGCGCGCGAAGGUCGAUAGGGUGUGUAUGCUGACAUGAUGGAUCUGAAGUACUGGGUGCAAGACACAAUAAAUAAGAAUUGACAAAUGUAAAACGUACCAUAAGUAGCAGUUGUUACUGAUAUUUAAUGAGUCGAGUGACUGCUUAUGUGGAGCCACAGUUAUUUACUCGUAGAACCACAUAGUUUUUAACUAAUCCAAUCACAGAAAUAAAAGGAAGUCGAAUGUG